AUGAAUUACAUAUCUAAAUUAUCGUUGUUUAUGUUAACGCAAAUCCAACGAAAUAAAAAUGCCAGAUUUUAUUACACAGUACAUCAUAAUGAAAAACGAGGUCUUUUUUACGUAAAAUUGGAUGACAGUUCAAGAGCAGUAUUACAAUAUAAGGCUGAAGGAAAAGUCUUGGAUAUGCAAGUGAUUAAUGUACCAUAUAGAUACACAGGACAAGGUUAUGCACGGCUACUUGCAGAGACAGCAUUUACUUAUGCAAUUGUGAAUUAUUAUUAUAUGUACUUGACAUGUGAAUACAUGCAAAAGUAUUAUCUUGCUGUUAAGAAUCCAGAUCUUGAAGAACUUAUUGUUGGACCACCACAUAUUUUAGAAGGACCUGAUUCAGAACCCUUAGAUCCCAAUAUUAUAUAUGAACUACCUGACCCAGAAGAUUUUUUAAUAUACUCUUCUUAA